AAGGAAGCUGGCAGAGAUGUGGAGAGGAAGGAUGCUUUGUCGGACGCUACCAAAGAUCAGAACAAGGCAAAGAAAGAGGAGCCUGAGGAGGAGGCUGAUAUGAAAGCCGUUGCCACCUCGCUGGAUGGCAGGUUCCUCAAGUUUGAUAUUGAACUCGGGAGAGGAUCCUUCAAAACGGUCUAUAAGGGCCUGGACACAGAGACGUGGGUGGAAGUUGCAUGGUGUGAACUUCAGGACAGAAAACUCACAAAAGUAGAGAGGCAGAGAUUUAAAGAGGAAGCAGAAAUGUUGAAAGGUCUACAGCAUCCCAACAUUGUGAGAUUUUAUGACUUCUGGGAAUCCUGUGUGAAAGGCAAAAGAUGCAUCGUGCUGGUUACCGAAUUGAUGACCUCUGGAACACUAAAGACGUAUCUGAAGAGAUUUAAAGUGAUGAAGCCAAAAGUCUUGCGUAGUUGGUGCCGGCAAAUCCUGAAGGGUCUUCUUUUCUUGCACACAAGAACACCACCAAUAAUUCACAGAGACUUAAAAUGUGAUAAUAUUUUUAUUACUGGACCAACUGGAUCUGUGAAAAUAGGAGACUUGGGUCUGGCAACCCUCAAGAGAGCUUCGUUUGCCAAAAGUGUAAUAG